AUGGACGAGUCCGGGGAAGCGAGCGUCGGCUCCUUUAGGAUCGGCCCGUCGACGCUGCUGGGCCGCGGGGUGGCGCUCCGCGUGCUCCUCUUCAGCUCACUGUGGCGCCUGCGGGCUCGCGCGUACGCAGCCAUCUCGCGCGUGCGCAGCGCGGCUCUGCCGGUGGCGGCGUCCUGGCUGCACCUCAGGAACACCCACGGCGUCCUCCUCAUGGUCGUCCUCUUCGCCCUCUUCCUGAGGAAGCUCUCCGGCGCGCGGUCGCGGACCGCGCUCGCGCGCCGGCGCAGGCAGUACGAGAAGGCUAUGCUCCAUGCCGGGACGUACGAGGUCUGGGCGCGCGCCGCCAAGGUGCUCGACAAGAUGUCUGAUCAGGUCCACGAGGCGGAUUUCUAUGACGAGGAGCUCAUCAGGAACAGGCUUGAGGAGCUACGGAGACGGAGGGAGGACGGGUCGCUCCGGGACGUGGUGUUCUGUAUGCGCGGCGAUCUUGUUAGGAACUUGGGGAACAUGUGCAAUCCCGAACUCCACAAGGGCAGGCUAGAGGUUCCUAAGCUUAUAAAGGAAUACAUCGAAGAGGUUUCUACUCAACUAAGAAUGGUGUGCGAAUCUGACACUGAUGAGUUGCUAUUGGAAGAGAAGCUUGCCUUUGUUCAGGAGACCAGGCAUGCCUUUGGGAGGACAGCGCUACUCUUAAGUGGGGGUGCUUCACUGGGGUCUUUCCAUGUAGGUGUAGUGAAAACAUUGGUUGAGCAUAAGCUUCUGCCUCGGAUUAUAGCAGGAUCAAGCGUUGGUUCCAUUAUAUGUUCGAUUGUUGCUACCCGAACAUGGCCUGAGAUUGAGAGCUUCUUCACAGAUUCAUUACAGACCUUGCAGUUCUUUGAUAGGAUAGGUGGAAUUUUUGCAGUGAUGAGGCGUGUCACCACUUAUGGUGCACUGCAUGACAUUAGCCAGAUGCAAAGGCUUCUGAGGGAUCUCACAAGUAACUUAACAUUUCAAGAGGCUUAUGACAUGACUGGCCGUGUCCUUGGGAUCACCGUUUGCUCUCCUAGAAAAAAUGAGCCACCCCGCUGCCUCAACUACCUGACGUCACCGCACGUUGUUAUUUGGAGUGCAGUAACUGCCUCUUGUGCAUUUCCUGGGCUCUUUGAAGCUCAGGAACUGAUGGCAAAGGAUAGAUUCGGCAACAUAGUCCCCUUCCAUGCACCCUUUGCCACAGAUCCUGAACUAGGCCCUGGAGCAUCGAAGCGCCGGUGGAGAGACGGGAGCUUGGAAAUGGAUCUGCCCAUGAUGAGACUCAAGGAGUUGUUUAAUGUGAAUCAUUUCAUUGUGAGCCAAACUAAUCCUCACAUUUCUCCACUCCUCCGAAUGAAAGAGCUAGUGAGAGCCUAUGGAGGCCGCUUUGCUGGAAAGCUUGCUCGUCUUGCUGAGAUGGAGGUUAAGUAUCGAUGUAACCAAAUCCUAGAGAUUGGUCUUCCAAUGGGAGGACUUGCAAAAUUGUUUGCUCAGGACUGGGAGGGUGAUGUCACCAUGGUUAUGCCAGCAACAGUAGCUCAGUACUUGAAGAUUAUUCAGAAUCCAACAUAUGCGGAACUCCAAAUGGCUGCCAACCAAGGCCGCAGGUGCACAUGGGAGAAGCUCUCUGCAAUCAGAGCAAACUGUGCCAUUGAACUUGCAUUGGAUGAAUCUAUAGCAGUGUUAAACCACAAACGAAGGCUAAAAAGAAGCAUUGAAAGGACGGUGGCUGCUUCCCAGGGUCAUUCUAACUAUGUUCGACUCAGAACUCCAAGGAGGGUACCGUCAUGGAGCUGCAUCAGUCGAGAGAAUUCUUCAGAAUCUCUCUCGGAAGAGAUUUCAGCAGUUGCCACUUCAUCCACGCAGCAAGGUGCUGCUCUUGUUGGCGCACCAACUCUUUCUCACCAUGUUCGGCGCAAUUCUCAUGACGGAAGUGAGAGUGAAUCAGAAACCAUUGACCUUAAUUCCUGGACCAGGAGUGGUGGGCCUCUAAUGAGAACAGCAUCUGCUGACAAGUUCAUCAGUUUCAUCCAUAAUCUUGAGAUUGACACGGAAUUAAGUAGGCCCUGUACUGUGGAAGGUGGCACUGCAGGUAUUUCGUCAGAAUCUACCUUCCCAAACAAUCCACGACCGAACAAUAGCUCAAGUGUUAAUACGCCAGGUAGAUGCACAGAAAAUUCUGAGACCGAAGCAUGCAACACUGUCAACACCAGAGCCAGUCAAGCUUCUACUCCCACAAGCAUCGCUGUUUCUGAAGGAGAUUUGCUGCAGCCUGAAAGAACUACUAAAGGUAUCCUGCUUGACAUUGUGAAAAGAGAUGCUCUGCAGGCUCAAAAUGACAGUGUUACUGAAUUGGCUGAAAGCUCCGGCGCCGAAGCAUAUGUGACAACUUGUGACGCCAUCGCAGGGUCUGACUGUGCUGAAGAUAACAAGGAUGCUGCUGACUCGAGCAAUCACUCACUUGAUAAUGAUGAUUUUGUAGUUUCGCGUCAACCUUCAGCUGAUUAUUAG